CCCUCGUUAUCUGCCUGAAUAGAUUUUAUGUUAUUUCGUGGGUUGCGGGGUAUUUUGCCAUCGGCUCGUGGUUGAAUUUAUGGUGAAUUAUCAUCGACUGUAUAUAAAAAAUGAAAAAAUAUAUCAAUCAUCCAAAGCAGAAAACAUCUAAUGAAAACAUAAAUCAUUCCAUUAGCUAUAAUCACUAAUUUGAAAAUACGAGGGUGGCUUAUGAAUAUUGGUUGAACGACAUGUAUUUAAACUACAGAGAGCCAAUUCCGAUUAACUCCAACCCUGGUAUGGUAUUUCCUCCUAGAAAAUUCACGACUAUUUUGGAUGUAGCUAGAUUCGCUGCAAGACUUAUAGAUGCCGCUCUCGACCACAAAGAUAUUCUUAAUAGAAAAUCCUUACCAAUAGAAAAGGCUACUUCUAGGGAACCCGGACAACCUUUAUGUAUGGCACAGUUUUAUAGAAUAUUAGGAGCUUCCAGGUUACCUGGUAGAAAAAGGGAUUCGCAAUAUGUUUGUCCUAUACCAAAGACUGGAGAUCAAGUUUCUGAACAUAUCAUUGUUAUUUGUAGAAAUCAAUUAUAUUGUGUUCCUAUUCAAGCAUCGGAUAGAGGAAGAUUGAACGAAGACGAGAUUUGUUCUCAAUUUUUAUACAUCCUGGACGACGCACCGUGUCUGUGUAAUCCUCCUCCAAUAGGAUUAUUAACUGGUUGGAAGAGAACAUUGUGGGCCGAAGCGAGAGAAGAUCUUAUGAAGGAAGAAAGAAAUAAAAGAAAUUUGGACCUCAUCACCAAAUCAUUAUUAGUAGUGUGUUUAGACGAAGCUUUACCCAUAAACUUCAAUUGUAGACUACAAAAGGGAGGCAAAGGUCACACAACAGCUGGACGAGACGAAACCAAUCUAGCUCAUCAAAUGAUUCACGGAGGAGGUAGUACACACAAUUCUCCGAACCGAUGGUUCGAUAAAACAAUUCAGCUCAUCAUAUCCGGAGAUGGUGCUUGUGGUCUAUGUUAUGAACACUCCAAUGCCGAAGGAAUUGCCGUUAUUCAAUUAGCCGAAAAGCUAUGGAAACACGCGGAUUCUUUCACGUCACCUUCUGAGGUACCAGCAACUACCAGUAGUCAUCUACCUCCUCCGGAGCGCUUAGAGUGGAUACUAGAAGCUACCGAUCACAAACGUAUAGAAGAAGCAGGUUGUUAUUUGGAUAAUUUAGUUAAGGACCUCGAUUUUCAAGUUUUCAGAUUCACCGGCUACGGAAAAGAUUUUAUAAAAUCUUGUAAAGUUAGUCCCGACGUCUAUAUACAACUAGCUCUUCAGCUAGCUUAUUAUAGAUUGUACGGAAAACUAACAGCUACUUACGAAAGUGCGUCUACAAGAAGAUUCAGGUUAGGAAGAGUGGAUUGUAUUAGAUCAGCCAGUCCGGAAGCUUUGGAAUGGGUUAAAGCUAUGUCACAGCCUAAAGAUGAUGAUGAGCAUGGGAAUAAAAAGGUUACUUUCCAUUUAGUCAGUGAUGAUAAGAAGAUUAUAUUAUGGACCGAAGCCGUUGCCGCCCAAACCACCGAAAUGGUGGAAAAUAUUCUAGGACAAGGUAUGGACAUACACAUUCUAGGCUUAAGAGAAGCCUCUAAAGAAACAUCACCAACAGCUGCUUCACCACUGCCAAAAUUAUUCACUGAUCCCUCAUAUAGGAUAGCUAAUAAGUUCCUUUUAUCCACAAGUCAAGUAGCUACCAAUACCAACAGCUUCAUGGGGUAUGGUCCUGUCGAACCGGAUGGUUAUGGGGCUUCGUACAACCCUAAGAACGAUAGCAUCAUCUUCUGCUUAUCUGCUUUCUGGUCUUCGGAGGUAACUAGUACGAGUAGAUUCGCGCAAUCGCUUGAAGAGAGCUUAAAUAUAAUGCAAACUCUAUUGACUAGGCCUAAGUGAAAGAUGAAUGAAAGCGUUGAGUAAAUGAUUUGAUGCUUUUCCGGAUUGGAAGUUAAAUGCAAUGAUGAUAAGUUGAAGUAUUUAUUGUUACGAAUUGAUAUUAUACAGUAAGUUUUAAAUUAACAGUUGAUAUUAAUUACAAGUUAUUUAAGAGAUAUAUUUCUUGUUGUAGUGCUGUAGGGGAGAGUUGAACAUGCUCCACAAAGACUCGGAUAUUAUUUGAACAUUUCAAAAUUCAUGAGAGAAGCUGUUAUUUCCGUUUGUUUUUUCUCAUUUAUUAUGACUCGAGCACUGUAGUGUUGAGUAUAUGUGCCACUUCAUCAAGUAACAAUUAAACAGGGUGUUCCGAGACUUGAUGUAAAAACUUCGGGAGUGAGUGACAUAACAAACCUUGUUUCUGAUUUGUAGGCUUUUAAAUUUGCAAAAUAAUAAUUUAUAUUUAAGUAUAUUUUCUAAAUUAAACAUUCGAACAUUGUGACUUUUCAAUUGAUGCUUACGUAUGUCAUGUCUUUUUAGUGUGUUUCAUGGAAUGAGUAAUUCUACACUACUAUCUGAAGGCCAAAGGCAGCUCAUGCCCAAUUGUUAACAAUCCGUAACUUUUAAGUUCUUAUUUCACAACUUUAAAAGCCUAUAACUCAGAUACUAAGGGUCGUUUCAUGUCACAGCAGCAGCAUCUACUCACUCCCGAAUUUUUUGCAUCGAGUACCGGAACAUCCUGUGGAUAUAUAUUUAUUUUAUGCAUAAUGCAAAAAUUUCUACGAAUAACUAUAAUAUUUCUUAUUGACUGUUUGUGCGGAGUUGUGGUAAUGACAACAUUUAAUAUAACAUUCAGGAUUUCAUUAAUCAUAAAAUACUUUCGUUAGAUCGGGAUGAUGAUCCUAAGUAACGAGACUGAUAGACUUGAUAGCGAUGACUUAUUUUCACGUUCUAAUCAUAAAAAUGUUGAUACCCAGCAUCGGAAUGCUGGUACUUUAAACAUUGUCCAUUAUCGCAGUAAAUAAGCUGCAAGUUCUAGGAAAAACAUUAAACCAUUAGGAAUAUGCAACUUCUAAAAACUGUUUGAUGCACCAACAAUCACAACUGCUUUGUUUUAUCUGCGUUUGUAUAAGUUGUAGAGACCAAAAAGAACCUCCUUGAGGACGUACACGAGAGGAAACGCGGUAAAAGUUUCAUCGCGACACACAUCAUAAACUUGUAAUAUGCCAUUCGGCGUGUUACGUUUUUCUUGAAGUAUUUUGAAGAUUCCUUUGUUCACGUAUUGUGGCACAGUAGUCACUUCGGAUUUAUUUAUUCUAACGUUCAAGUUUUUGAAUAAAUUAAUUUAUUAUCGACUUCCCACUCCUUUGGAAUCAAUUUCGAGGUUUUAUUGAGUUUAGCCUUAGAAAGGACAUAUCUUGUUAUAUUUAUAUUGUUUUUUCUUUAUGUAGUAUGUGUAAAAACACAUUUUCUCAAAAUUUUUUGAUAAUUAAUAUUUUUCGAGUUAUUACCAGAAAACUGAAUACCAUUACUUCCAUUUAUUUUGUUAAUAACAUUUGCAAUUUUUACCUGCAUCAAAAUCCCUCAGAAACAUUUUUCUAGAAGUGAUUCAGAAACCAAUGAGCCAUAGCUAAUAUUUUUUAAACUUUUAUCUAUAUUUUUCACGUUUUUGAACGUCUUGACUAGACUAACAGCCGCGCGGAGCCCUAUUUUCAACAUCAAGAUAUAAUUAUAAAUAAUGGAGAUACAGCUCUGAGAUUCCACACCUUUUAUCGAAAAUUUCCUUCUCUGUAACGACCUUCUCUCACAAUUUUUUGAUAAUUAAUAUUUUUCGAGUUAUUACCAGAAAACUGAAUACCAUUACUUCCAUUUAUUUUGUUAAUAACAUUUGCAAUUUUCACCUGCAUCAAAAUCCCUCAGAAACAUUUUUCUAGAAGUGAUUCAGAAACCAAUGAGCCAUAGCUAAUAUUUUUUAAACUUUUAUCUAUAUUUUUCACGUUUUUGAACGUCUUGACUAGACUAACAGCCGCGCGGAGCCCUAUUUUCAACAUCAAGAUAUAAUUAUAAAUAAUGGAGAUACAGCUCUGAGUUUACAGACCUUUUAUCGAAAAUUUCAUCCUUGUUAACGAGCUUCUCUCAAAAUUUUUUGAAUAUUAAUAUUUUUCGAAUUAUUACCAAAAACCUGAAUACCAUUUUCAUCACCUGCAUCAAAAUUCUUCUUAAAAACCUUUUUAUAGAGAUGACUUUGAAUCCAAAGAGUUAACGCUCAUAUUUUUAGGACCUUUAUCUAUAUUUUUCACGUUUUUGAACUUAUUGACUAGACUGUUAGCUAUAGCUAUAGCUGUUAGCAAUUCUUCUUAUACUUUAAAUUCAAUAUUACUAGAAAAAGUGAAUUUUUUAAGUCCAAAAUUAAGAACAAGGGACUGUUUGUUGUUAGAAGUAAAAAGACUUAUUUUAUUGUUAGAUUUAUGAAUAUGGUUUAUAAUAUUUACAACUGUUUGUGUUCAUCGGUUCAAAUGAAAUUUUGAUAUGGAUGAAAUUAUAUGAAAUUUAAUCUUAAAGUAGAAAAAGUAUGUGUUUGUUAUAUAUUGUUAAAUUGUUGUUCAACUUUCAGAUUUAUAUUUUUAAGUUUCAAAUAACAUUCCACAUUUUACACAUUUGAACUUAUCGAAUAAUUGAAAAAUAACUAGAAAUGAUUCUUCUCAGUCUUCAAUAAUUAAAUUCAUAUACAAUUUGAUUGAUUAAUGUGCCUCCUUUAUCAUUUUAGGUAUCAAUUGGAAGGAUUCACAUUCUAAAAUUAUUUAAAAUCUUACUAUGUCAUAUCAAAGUUACAUUUUUUUAAAUAUAACCCUGAAUUUAACAAACAGCAAUUAUAAAAGGUCAUUGUUUGACAAAUAAAUAAUUCCCGAUUCACAAUUAAUUGUUAAAUAUUUAAAUAUAGGUAGGUAAUCAUUGUUUUGCACAGAAAAAUCAAAAUAUAUCAAAAGUUAAUAAUUUCAGUUAUAAAGGGAACGUUAUAAAAAAGAAUAUAUUGGUAGUACUUUUUGAUAAUCACAUAAAAUAGAAAACCGAAAAAAUAAUGUAAUAGUACUUUGAUUCACCCUGUACCAAAUUCAAUGAAUAUUAACCGGAAAAAUAAUUUUCUGAAAUUUUUAAAAUAGAGCUGUACUUUUUUAUCAUUGACAGCUUUCUCGUUCCUAUGAAUGUGAACCAUUUCCAAAAAUUCCUUUUUUCUUAUAUUCCGUUACAUUAUUUUUUGAUUCUUCAUGAAUUCAUUUAUGUUUUUCCAAUUUUUUCUUGUUCGUUAAUGCACUUUUAUUUUUUUUUAUCGUAUUGAUGACCUUUUAGUCCAUUUUAUAAAUACUGAGAUGUCUGCCCUAUGUAGACAGCGUCACAAUCUUUGCAAUGUGUUUUUUUCGUUAGAUGUAUUCUCUUUAUACAAAAUAUUCCUAUUGUGAAAAAUAUAUUGAUAAAAAACUAAUCUUAAAACAAGAGACCUAAGAUUAAGACGAUUUAGAAACAUAAAAAUGUAACUUUGAUAUUCCGGAACCCGAUUUAAGAUUGUAAAUAAUAUAUAAUUUUAGAAACUAAUGAUGGAUAUGAUCCCAAAAACUUUCUAGUUGAUAUCUAAAAGGACAAAGGAAGCAGGAGCUUAACAUACUAAUCAAUCACCCUGUAUGUUAUACGUUUUCGUAUCCAUAAAUUCUUGUCAACCAGUUUAAGUAAACCCGAUAUGGUUUACAUCUGUUUUAAUGAUUUGUAAGAUUGAUUGAAGAUGAAGAAUGAUGAUCAAAAAAAUUCAUUGUAUUAAUUGUAUCAAAAAAAUUAAUUAGUUUGUAAUUAUUUUUUCAUAAAGGUUUAUGCAAUAAAUUGUAUCCUCAAAUGUUCAAAAUAUGGACUAUUGUAUUUAUUAAAUAUUUAUAUCGAUUGUUGUAAUUACAUUUAAAUAUUAUCAAAGUUUCGGUAAUGAAUGGGUUGUUACAAAAUUUCCGUCAAUCUUUUCUCUAGUUUGCGUUAGUUUUCUUCACACAGUUUUGUUGUAACAACUUUUAAAUGACUAUUAUUAACCCACGUGUCCCGAAUGAAACUAAUACAUAUCACUAAUAUUUAAGUAUUAGAAACGAACAUGUAGAAUCUAGUAGAAGAUACACCAAGUGGCAAGAUAGUUUCGGAAACCCCUUCUAAAUUUUAGGCAAACACAUGAAUUAGGCAAUACUUUUUUCAUUCAUUAAGUCUUUGUUCAUUUCUAUUUAAUAAUAUUAACCAGAAAAUGAAGAAACUCAUAUAAGUAAAUAAAAGUAUUGACCUCUAAAGUAAUUUGAAAGAUUUUUUAAAUUUGGUGCAAUCAUAACUGAGAAAAUUAUUUUCUAAGGUGUAAAAUUUUGAUAAUGUGGCGUAUUUUUCCGAAAGUAUUUUUCAAUAUAGUUUACAAUUAAAUUGAAUGUUCAAAAUGACAUUUUUGGAUUUUGGAAUUCUCGUACAGCAUUUUGUAUAACCUCAGAGGUUUUUUUAUUAAUUUCUUCCGUUAUCCUAACUUCUAAAUCAGCAAUAUUGUCUGCUCUAUCGAAAUAUACCUUAGAUUUUGAAUAAUCCCAUAAGAAGUAAUCACGAGGAGUCAAAUCGGGGGAUCUAGCCGUCCAAUAGAUCGAUCCACGUCUUCUAAUCCAUUGAGAAAAACCUCGUUUAAAAAAUAUCAUACUGAUGAUUAACAUCAGGAAAAAGUCUUUGUAUUGCGCCAAUAAUUUCAUUGUUAAUGAUACCAGCCCAAAAGUCAAUUUUUUAGGAUAUUUAGUGUGAGUCUCACACAUCCAGUGAGGAUUUUCUGUGCUUCAAUAUCUACAGUUCUGUUUGCUAACUUUUCCGUUUAAAUGAAACGUCGAUUCAUCAGAAAAAACAAUUUUGUUUAUAAACCGCAAAUCUGCGUUUAUUCUGUCCAUCAUCAAUUCACAGAAUUCUUGCCUUCUAUCGGGAUCAUCUUCAACCAACUGAACUUUGUAAGGGUGGUAUUUUUCUCUAUGCAAAACUCUCAAAAUAGAUGAUUUACUUACAUCAUUGUAAUUUUCCUCAAUCUCAAGACUUUGUUUGAUCAGUAAAUUAAACAUUAUGUAACAUAAUUAUCUUCAUUCUACGUUUUGUGAUAGACAUUAUCAAAAUUUUAGAUCUUACAAAUCAAUUUUUUCAGUUAAAAAACUUUAUCCUAAAUAGAGGACUAAAAUCCCUUUCCAACAUGGUGCCACGCGACCCCCUUUCUUAUCCAAAAUUUUGGAGGGGGUGCUUGUAAAUCAGAGAGAAAGCUGGAGGGAGAUAAUAUUGUAAAUUGCCAAUUUAAGAAUGAAAAUCGACCUAUUCCAGGUUUAUUUUUUCACAUAGUACAUAAUAAUGCUAUAAUUGAAUUUAUUGUACAUAUUCUGAAGACAGUGCCAUCUCUAUAAGAUAUUUAAUUGUGAAGUGGACAUACUUCAACAGAUUAGAAGUAAAUUGUUUAUAAGGUUUGUCUAAAAUUUUGAAAUAGUUUAUCGAAUAGGGUCAUUUCAUAUGAGAUAAUUUUGUAUAUAAAAAAUUGGUUCAGAAACAAUGAAAAUGUCCAUCAUUGUUUUUCAUAUUUAAAUUAUUAUCAGAAUAAUAUUUUAUCUGAGCUAAGAAGUAUACGUCGAUAAAAUACAAUUUUUGGAGAAGUAUAGAAUAAUGGCUGUUGGUUGAAUCAUUUAAUACGAAGUCCUGAAAAGAAUAUGACAAAAUUUAAUUAUCAUCUAAAAAUUAGCUUUUCAAAUAUAUUGAAAUCUAUAAUAAUUUGCAGAACAAAUCAAUAAAUAUUACGUUACGAUAAAAGUUAUAAGCUAAAUCAAGACGUUUCAGUUAUGUUUAUAGAUUUUAAGUAGGCUUAUGACACAGUAGAUAGCAAUGAAAUGUAUGUUGCCCCCAAGAUAACUUACACAGUGGAGUAGCAAUUUAUGAAAUUAUAUCAGAGAAAUUUGGGGUUGAAAAGGGAUUAAAACAAAGAAAUCCAGUGGUUUUUAAUCUAGCGUUAGAAACAAAUUUGACGAGAUAAUAAAAUAUAAACAGAAUAUACAGAAGAUUUAGAUAGUAAACUAGAAAAAACUGCUAAAGAUUAUAGAUUAAGAAUAAACCAAGAGAAUAUAUGAUGUAAAUACAGAAUAUUAUAAGUAGGAAAGAAUAUAUAGAGAAAAAACUUCGAGUCUUUGAAAACAACACCGUGAAAUGAAAAUGAAGAGAGUUGACUGAAAUAGAAAUAAAUGUAAAGCCGUGAGAUCGUUAAAGAGUUGAUUAGAUCAAAAGAAUUAUCCAGAGUAGUCAAAAUUAGAAUAUACUGAACAAUAAGUUUAAGAAGAAACAAAACUGGUUAUAUGGGAAAGGAAAAUUUUUGGAUGAAUAAGAAUAAAUGAAGAACGGAGAAGAAUUAUCGAAAGAAAAAGUGGUUAGAACAGAAUUGGGGUUCAAAAGCACAGAAUUGCAAACUGUGGAGAGGAAUUGUGGAAUUAGUUGAAAUAUUUAUUCAUAUAAGAACAAUUGGAUCAUUUAGUUCGCAUGUCUUUUGAAAUAUUCAAUCAUCAGAAAGAUCCUGACAGAAUAAUACUAUAAUAAAUAAUAAUAAUAAAUACCAUCAAAUAAUUUGCACCCUCCAAAACAGCGAAAAUACCUUGGAAAACUUCAAUUAUUGUCAGAAAAGUGUUUAGAUCAAGGAAUAAAUAGCUUUGGUUUGAUUUGUACUAUCUAAAAGUGUAAAAUCGAGAAAAAUUAUUAAUUAUUAAAUUAUUAAAUUAUUCGUACCCGAACUUGCUGGGGUCAAUUGAGCCAUUAUGAAAUUGGUUUCCACAGCUUCCAAAUGAUUGUUGAAAUAUUUCUCUUCAGCUGGAAUAAAGAUCAAUAGAGAAGAAUAUACAGUCUGAUACACCAGCUGAUAUUUUUUAUAAUAACUUACUAAUCUAGUAUAUUCGUUGAGAAUAAAGAAGUAAUGCAUUAUCACUAAGAAAUCAGUUACCAGAAGAUAAAUGACAACGACAUCUAGGUGUAGUUACCAUAGAAAUGUAGAUACUGUGAUAAUGUGGAUACUUGAAUAUCGGAAUAAAUGAGGUGGAAAUUCAUGGUGUUGUAUCUAUUCUUUUCAGUAGAAACUCGAGAAUGAAAAUGCAUCAAAUUUUAAUGAAUGAUUCCGCAGUUUCCUAAGUAUCUGUGAUAAAUUGAAUCAAACAUUUCGGCACAAAUAAACUGAAAUAAAUAUAAAAGUUCGUGAUAUCUGUCACCAUAUUCUUUUCAAAUUAUCUACGACAUUCAAAAAUGGUCCAAAUUGCCACUAAUAAUUGAGAUUCUCCAAAAAUAAUAAUAGUUCGAUUAAAUUAUUCAUCGCAUCGAGUAUACUUCUUGGUUUAAUAAUAUGAAUAUAAUAAACAAACUUUUUGUAUCAUUUUUUGCUUCUAUGGGAUCUCAAAAGCUCUAAUUAUGUUUUUAUUAAAGCUUAAUAGCAAUACUCAAUCUUCACUAUUACUUUUAGUUUUGAAUAACUAUUGAUGAGUUGAUGAUAGUUGAUAGUAGAAAGUUGAUAAUAAAAGCAGGUAUAAUUUCAAAAAACCAUAUGAAAUCAUUGGCAUUUAUUCGCUUCAACUGUGGCAAAUGAUCCCAAGCACUCCACAACUAUGAGUUAAGGUAGAGUGCAUUCAAAAAAGUGGAAAAUCACUAGCAUUUGGUUAUUUCUAUUUUGGUAAAAGACAUAAUAUAAAUAGAAUAAUCUCAACCCUUCUAUAUAACAGUAAUUAUCUAUGACAUUUAUUUAUUAAAUUCUGGCAUAUAAUCUCAAGAUCUUCUUCAAAAAGAGCGAAGAAAAACUGGUUUCAAAGAAGUGGAAGUCAUUGGUAUUUGUCCUUAUGGUACAUCAAAUAGUCCCACAAUCUUUAUGCCAAAAAGCCAAGAAUACAGUCUUGAAAAUACUGAGAAAUAUUGUACAUUUAUACAUAUAAAUUGCCUUACAACAAGUGGAAUCGCAUUGACAUUAUAAACUUACUUCCCCGGCAGGAGACUCAGGAAGUGGUAUUCGGUCUUAGUUAUAAUAUUUAAAUAACUGGUAUUCAUAUAGGGUGAACAAUAAAUAUUAAAUUAGACACAACAAGCUUUUCGACGUUAGAAGUAACUAAAAAAAAGGCCAAAUCGCAUGUUACACAUUCAUUUUCUAAGCUCUGGAAAUCAAUUCCAAACUUUCCAAAUAAAAGAACCCUGAAAGAACUGGAAAAUGUUUGUAUUUAGACCCUAAAGUAUGGCAAAAAUAUCUUAUUCUCCACGCAAAAAAGGUUGCAGAAAUCGUGUACAUAUAAUACAUAUAAAUUUGCCUAAAAUCUUUCAGGUCUAUGCUUGCAAUUGAUCUCAAGCCCUUCACAUAAAAUAUUGCGAGGGCAUGAAAAUUGGCCUGACAAGAGUGGAGAAUAAUUAGUAUUAUUUCAGGGUUAUAUUUGUAAAUGAUCUCAACAAGCCCUCCUUAUAAGAGAGUCAAGUGAACUGCCUCAAAUUCUCCACGAGUAGAAGCCAAUAUAACUUACCUCAAAGCUUGUGGUAAAUCAUUGGUAUUUAUUCAAUAAACUGUGGCAAAUAAGCCCAAACAUUCUCUGCCUUGAAAAACGUGUAAAAUUCUGGAAAACUGUAAUAGACUUUCCGUGUGCAAAAGCUGAGAUUCACUGCCUUGAAAGAAGUCAGAAAUCAUUGGCCUUGACUUGAUUUAAUCUGGAAAAUAAAUCCAAAUUAUUCACAAACAAGAACCAAGAUAACCUACCUUGAAAGAGGUUUAAAUAAAUUGAUAUUCACUCUGAAAAACCAUAUUAAAUUAGGCACAUAAAAUAGUUAAGAUAAACUGUCAUGGAUGAAGUAGAAGAGCUUGAGAUUUAUAAUCAGCCAUUUUGGUAUACAAUCUUGAAUUAUGGACAUGCAGGAACCAAAAUAACCUGCUUCAAUAUCUUUGAAUAUAUUAGCUUGAGACAUUGAAACGACAAAACACAUCUGUUGAUUCAAUAAUUGUUAAUCUACUAUUUUCAAUAUUAAAUCUUUAUUAUCAUUUAUUGCAAUGAGCUUUGAAUUACAUUUCAUCAUGAUUUUGAAGUGAAAUGAUUGGUUGUUAGCUUGGGGAUCCCGAAUGUAUAUUUUUAUGAUAUAAAUGUGUAGAUGUACGUAGUUUAGCAAGUAGUUACUGUACAUAGAUUAGAGAAUUCGUGUACUAGCAAUAUCAACAUAUGUAAUUAUACUUUUUUCCCAAAAUACCCAAAGAAAUAUAUUUAUUAUAAGUAUAAAGAAAAACAGUUAUUCGGGAAUAUUUAAAAAAUUUAUUUAGUUGUUAUAUUAGAUAUAUACAAAUUGCUGAAUAAGCUUUAAAUUUAUUAGGAAGUAACGCAUCUGAUUUUGUUUCUUCCACUAUGAAAAUAUUUUAAUUGUAUCAUAAAUUUGGUUAUAAUUAAUUAAUUAGAAGUACUUGCACAUAAUGAUUGAAUUCAAUAAUUUUUCAAUUUACUAUUUGUUAAACUAAAAUAAAGAAAAUAAUAAAACUCACAAUAAAUCGAUAGUACAAGGGCUAUUGUGAAAGUUUUAGUAUUAAAAAAAAUAAACGAAAUACCCGUUUAAAUCACAAGGAACAAUAUCGGGACUAUAAAACGGAUAAGAGAAAAGCUGAGUACUUGAAUGUAAUUUACGUUUGAUGUUUAGUAUUUUCCGAAAGAUCUUUGUAAGAAUCAACUACCAGCAGGAACGGAGGAUGAGAAGGAAAGGGACAGAUUAGUGGUGAUUAAGAGGCUGUGGAUCUUGGUAGUAGAAGUGUUGGAUUUGAUCGUAUCGAGAUUGUAGCUCAUUUAGACGACUCGGAAUUGAAGUUAUGACAAUAUUAACAUAAACGAUUUUAUAUAGAAUCGAUUCUUCUCACAAGACAAGAGCCUUUUCAGUUGAUGAUUGGAGAAUCUCUAUCCAGAAGCACACUUUCAUUACCUCCAAAGAUAUCCGCUACAAUCUUGAAAUUUUCUUUGGUUGUUUAGAGAAAAUUUAAUACUCAAAAUUCAUGGAUCAUGGUUCGUGAUUAACGUAACUCACCCACGAGUUACAGUUCUAUGUUCCAUGGUAUACAACGUCGAGUUCUCAAAUUUUAGUUACUCGUGCGUGAUUCAACAAACUUUUCAUGAUUAAACUGAAGAUUCUACAGAAUUUCAUAGUUUUUAUUAUAUUUAUUUUUGUAUAUGAGAUCGAAUUAUUAUUUAUAGUACUUAUACACAGUGAUUUCAUUACUAAAAAGUACAGUUUCUUUCUCUUAAUUGUGAAGCAGUAGUUCUAAAUAAUGAAACGCCUUGUCAGAUGUGAGUGUUCAAACAUGUCACCAAACUUUACGGCGGUCUAUUAUGUAUUUCGUGUUCGAAAACUGCAGAAAAGUUGGAAAUUUGCGCUUGUCUAAAUCCUUUUUUUAGGAAUGAACAUGCUGAUUUAAUUAACAGUAACAACUAUAAGGAUAGACGUAGAUAAAUCCAUAAUUCUUCAGACACCUUCUAGUUGGUUUAAAAUUACGCUUCUACAGGGUGGCCCGCAUGAGAACCCCUAUAGAUUAGAAACGUAUAAAGGAGCCCAAAUACGACAACUCUAUACCGAGUUGCAACCAUGAAGAGUUUAAGGGGCUCAAAGUACGGCCCUAUAACAUAAAACAUGAGUAAUAAACACUGUUUAUUGUCCUUCUUAAAAUGAAAUUAAAUUUUCUAUAUUUUCGGAACUAACCUUAAAUUUAUUCCAAUACUUUUAAAAGUACUUCUAAAUAAUUGGAUAAUAAUAUACUGAUUGUUAUCGUUUUCUUAAAUAUCCAACGUUUGGUUACAUUAUUCUGUUACUUAGAAUACCAGACAAAUGUUUAAAGAGAAUUUAUAGUAUUCAGGGUGAGUCAUCUGUAUUUAUAAGGUUUCCAGUAGGUAGACGCUGACAUUUUUCUGAAUUUUUAUCUCAGCUAUAUGAGUAACACUUAUGAUUUAAAAUAUUUUCAACUGUAGAGGAUGUCCCAAAAGUAGUUGAACAAAUUCAAUAUCCAAAAAUAUCACCGCUCGCCUACCAGAGAUUGUAUAAAUACAAGCACCCUGUAUACAAUGUUGGUAAGAUAUUUUGAGGAACAUAGGAAUAAUCUGUAACGAUUUUAUUAUGAAUUUCAUUGGAAUUCAUAUAAAUUAUAAUCAAUUUUACUGAAUUUCCACUCAAUUUUUUGAAUAUUUGUAUGUAUCGAUAUUGUACAAAAUUUUAUCUUGUUAAGGGUUCUAAUAACCCACCACUUAAAACUGAACAAUAUCAAAACCGUUUAUUGUAAAAAGAAAUUCUCAUAUUUGUCAACUGCUCGGCCGUUAUUCUACCAAAACGUUGCCAUUUACUCCAUAUGUUGCCAAGUAGGUUUUUGUUUCAAAUAACCCUUAAAUCAGGUGAUCUAGAAGGCCAUAUGAUCAUCGACAUUGUCUUUAAUUGGUAUUCCAAGAUUCUACUGAGUUUUUCUCUAAGAUUUUUCUUUGACUUAGGCGUUUUGGGAAGCAUCAUUUUUAUCAAUUUGGAUUUCUCCUAGUUUUUGAAAGAUUUUUUUUUUAUUUUUUCUAUCUCUUGUUGAGUUUAUUCCACUUUAUCGUACUGUUCAUUCCAAUAUUAUAUUGAAUAACGUAGUAGAUCUCCUAGUUUUAGCUCUAUAUUUGUGUUAAAGCUUUCUGAUGUUUUCUGUAUAAUUUUGAUUUUGGUUGAGUGUAGGUUAGGUUAGGUUAGGUUAACAGGGUGAUCUCCACUUUUCAGCCGAGAUCUACUCGGAGGCAUUAGGCCCAUUGUGAUGCUCUUGAUAACUUUUCAGUCAGCACCAUUUCACUCCCCUUCCUUAUCUCUUCCGUUGCCAGGUCCUUGCUUCCUUCCCAAGUUUUUCCAGUUUGCAAUGAAGUGAUUCAGGUCCUUAACACCCAACUCCGCUGCUUCUUCCAGACAUUCCAAUUUUUCACUCCCCAUGCAUUGUAGUCGUUUCAAUACCAAUGCUGUGCAGUGACACAUUAGGUGUUCUAUUGUCUCUUCCUCUUCACUGCAUUCUGCACAGAGAUCGUCGGUUCUGAUACCAAUUUUCCUGAGUCUAGAGCCUACUGUCCAGUGACCGGUAAUCACUGUUGCGACCCUUCGGAUCGAGGCUUCCCCAUAGCCCAGAAGUUCUGUUGUCUUCCUCUUAUGUAGCACCGGCCACAAGGAGCGUGAAAAGACACAAUCAUCUCUAUUACUCUAUUUCUUGCCGUGCUCUCCUUCUAGUCUUCGUCCCCGCUCCUAAUCGUUCCCAAUUUGGCUAGUUUGUCUGCCAUUUGAUUCCCUUCUACAUUGCUGUGUCCAAGUAUCCACAGCAAGUAUCUGCUGUGGUUCUUAUCUUUGUCCAAAUUUUGAUAUUGUGGAGCCACGACAUCUUCCAAUCCCCUUAACCUCUCUAUCUCUCCUACUAUCAGGAGUUGAAGCAAAUGGUACUUCUCCCUUUGAAUCACAUGUCCCAGUUAUGUAGGACCUACAUUUUAUCGUGGCCAUACGUAGCAUUUAAUGAAUCUUAUUCAAAGUCAAAGUUUUUAAAAAUGUUUUUGAGUUUCAUGAAUGAGCCUCUUGCUUUUACCAUCCGGCACUUGAUCUCUAAGUCUGAUGACCAGUUUUCACAUAACCAAUCCCAGAUCAAAUUUGACGGUGAUUACUAGAAAUUUUGUCUUUUUUAUAUUGUUAUUGAUUGAUAUCGACCGUCACCUUCAUAUUUUAUGAGCUUUGUUGUUUCCAGAGCGUUUGUCGUUUGUUUGGUUUUAUAUUAGUUCUGUAGUUGAUGCUGCUAUUUUUUCUUCAUUUCGCGGCUUUGGAGUUGCGAUUUAAAGGGAACUAUAAGAAUAUUUUUAUUUUGUACGGAUUAUCUAUCUAUCUGUUGAUACUACUGACCUCCAAAAUGUGACUACAUUUCUCAAAAUUUUGAAACGAACAACAAAAAUCAACCACAGUGUAAAUUUAGUAGAUUAUGAUUAAGUUGUUUGAAGAUUUAAACUUGGUUUAUGCAGCCAAAAUUGAAAAUUACCAUUAAACUAACAAAUUACUGUAAUGGUGUACAUCAUCCUUGUUAAUUGGUUAUGAGAAUCUUGUUUAAUUUCUAAAACUGAUAUAAAAAAAAUACGAAAAAGCAAUGUGUGAAAGUCCUUUAGACUGAUAGACAGUAUCAGGGCCUUCCACAUUUGUAUGAGAAAAAGGUUCCGUAUAGAGAAUUCCUUUUGGUUUGCCAGUCAUUCCUAAUUAUUCUCAAUUUACUUCAUAAACCAAAAAAUUUGCAUUAAGAAAAUUUAGUUUUGUUAAUGUUAAUUUCAAUUUUGGCUGCAUAAAUCAAGCUUUAAAUUCCUAUGGUCCGUUGAAUACUGUAAGUCACAGAAAAAGUAGAUUGUUGAAUCUGCCUCACUGAGAGUAUCAGUGAAAGUCGAAUUAGAAUAAACCUGCCAGUUUAGUAAAAGUUAUUAAUAGAUAUGUGCGCGCUCACAUUUUUGUUUCGAAUAUAUACCAGCUCGUUUUGCCUCUAACUACCACAGAAAUACUCGUAGUUAGUAUAAUAAUUCACAAUUCCCCAAGAUUUGAUCUGUUUCCCGUGGUAUUCACUAUAAAAUGUAUUGUAAAUAUAUUGUAUUAAUGGUAUCUCACUUCUUGAGUGACGCCCGCACAGUACAUCUUGUCCAUAAUAAUAGAAAAUAGGCCAAAUGUAGAUAUUUCAUCAAAAAUACAGGAUAUUCGAAACUUACGUUUCACAAAAUGAAAAAAUCGCUAAAAAAUUCAAUCAAUAUGCCCACAAAUUUCGGUAGUUCAUACCUUUAAGUGGGUGACAAGAUUCGAGAAAAACUAGUUCAAGUAAAUUAUUUAGUACUUAUGUAUAAAAAAUAAAAAACAGUUUUAUGAGUAUCUGUGCUAGCAGUAAGAAAUAUUCUCAAAGCUCAACAAAUCCGUUCGGAAUGGUAUCCAAAACUUCUGAGAAGAUUAACUUAUUUGCGUUAAAAUUUUAAUUUCAAUUGAGAAAGUUUUUUAAUGCUAGUAAUGAAUAAAAUUUGUCUUUCAAAUAGUAGGAUUGCUUCAAUGUGUGUCCAAAAUUACAUUAUUUAAAGGCCCUUCUUAUUAAAACACUUGAAUUUUCUGACUGGACCAUUAUUAUCUAAAGGUAGACCAUGGAAGGCCACUCUAACCAGUAACCCGUUUUUAUUCAUUUAUUUGCUGGACAAAUGAAGGAAACAAAUUAUAAAAUAAUCCUUUUUUCAUUAUUUCAUUUUAUUAAAUUAAGUUUUAUCAAUCUCUUGCAAAUGGCCUUGCAAGGAACACGGCUCCAAACUCAUAGUACAUAGUGAGGAAUAUUUAAAACGAACUACUCUUAAGAAUAAAAGACAAAAAUGAGAAUUUAAUUCUAAAACAUAUUCAGGAACUAAAAGGAUAUUAAUCUUGGAUAUUUUACUCCCAAUAUGGGCAUUAGAUUCGAUGAGCUAGUGCGUAAAGUCGUGAAUUUAUCUCGCUAACACUUUGACCUAUCGAUCUAUUUUCUACCCCGGACAGGGGUAGUUUACCAGACAGGCAUCAACCACUUUGUAAAGUGAGCUACCUGUCUGGGAGCUAUGCAGCUCAUAUUUUCUACCUUCAAAGAAGUUUGAAUGUGAGUACCGUAAACUUUGUUUAUGGAUUGCCUCACAGUUUCAAAGGUGGUGUUCGAGAAGAGCUGUCGGUAGUUCUUCCGAUGCUAGUUCAUUGGACAGUGUCCAGCAAGCAUACAGCUACUCUCCUUAGCUUUUCUUUGUUCAAUGAAAGGGCCUUUUCAGACCAGUUUAUACCAUGUUUCGAAAUUCUUCUCGUUUUUCCACAUUUUUAUGAGUAUGACUUGAUGGCUUUUGGGGAGCCUAUGAAUGGAAUCACCUCGCCUUUUUUCGUCAGAUGAUCGGCUCGUUCAUUGACGUGUAUUCCGAUGUGGCCAGGUGCACACAUAAGACUAACUUUUUAUUUGCUCGUUAGCCUUAGGAUUUGUGCAGUUCCAUAUUAGCUUCGACCCAUUUUUAUAAGAGCUGCUCUGCUAUAGCGUGCAAGCUGCGCAUGUGAGGAUAGCGUAUGUUUCUGCCUGGAAAAUGGAAGGUUCUGAGCCCAUUGGGAUAGCAAACUUGGUUCCUGCCCCUACUUGUCCAGUUUUUGGUAAAGCAUAGUUGUGAAUACAUGGUAUCCGUCACCAUUCCUUUAAUAUGUUAAGAUGCCCAGUCAGGUCGCCGGGCUUUGAAGGGCUUUAAAGUGAGCAAAAAUAAAAUGACUUGUAGUGCUGCCGCGGGAUAUGACCUUAUCGCGCCUGUUACCGCAAGGCACUUAUCUAGGGUUGUUUCUUCAAUUUCGGUUUUUGUUUUUGGCCACCAUAUGAAAGCUGCAUAGCUUAUUAAAUGUCGCACAAUGGAUUUGUACAUCCAGUUCAUCAUUUCGUGUUUCAAGCCCCACGUUCCUCCGAGUAUUCUGCAGCAGAUGUAUAAAGCUCUUUUUUAGUGAGACCCUCAAUUUCCUCGUGGUACCAAUUUUGAUAUUCGGUACAUUUCAUCAUGUGACAGUACAGUUUUUUCUUACUCGUCGUUUUUUUCUGUUACAAAUGCUUAAAAAUAAAAAUAUUGUAGAGAUAAAACAUUGUUUUAACUGUAACUGUAUCUAUAACUAAAGAAUGAGUGUCCAUAUAUUCAUGGUUUGUAAAUGUUCCUUGUAAGGCCCAUAUACCAUAGCUAUGUCAUCGGCGAAAUAAAACUAAUAUUUCAAUUUAACUUGAAUUGAGGUAAGACUAUGUUUUUUGUAUCUUUAGUACCAAACAUAUCCGUAUACAAAAAUUCGCGGUUAAAAAAUAAUUGUAACCUCGACGACCGAAGUCUACGAAGCGUGAAAUGGCUCGGCCACAAAAGUCGCAGCAUUUGUGACUUUGAGUUUGAUGUAUCUUAGUGUGUAGUAGAGAAAAUAUGUUGAUAACUACGACUUUGUAAUGGUUGGGAUUCAAAGAAACGUGGCCUUCCAUUGUUCACUCACCUUAGAUCUCCUGCUAAUUCCGUAACUUCGAAUUAUCGUGCUGUUUUCUAGCAAUAUUCGUUUGUUUGCCUUCUUCUUCUUCUCAUACCAUCUUCUCAUUGAAGGUUGACGAUCACGUUUUUAAAUGCGCCAGGAUUUCUUUUUCCUGUCGAUGCAUUUCUUUCCCUCAACUCUGUCCUAUAUUAUUUUCUCUGGCAUUAGGUAUUUGACGUUGCGUAAGAUGUGUUUUCUUAUCUUAACAAUUGUCAACAGCUUUUUUGCGACCAAUGUGUCUUAGUUAUUCGUCGUUGGUAAUUCUGUCCCUCCAGAGGAUCUUCAGGAUGCGUCUAUAGAGCCACAUCUCAAACGCCUCAAGUUUUUUGAUCAUUUGAGCUUUCAAGGUCCAAGUUUCCACUCCGUACAACAGUACUACCUAGUUUUCAACAAUUUAAUUGUUUUCCUGAUGCCUACAAAGGGUUUUCUUAAGCAUCUUUACUGAAUAAUUUCCUACAGAUCUAAUUGAUUUUUACUAUGUCACUUACAAGACACUUACAAGAUAUCGAAAAUCCUGUAUUUUCCGCAAAAAGUAUUAAUUUUCUAGUUGUUCUGUGAUAUACAACGCUUAGAAUUAAAUGUCUAGUUAUUUUUAGUGUCUGCCUGGAAUUGUUAAAUGUCUAUUUGUAUAAUGUAUCAAAUUCUAUGAAACGCACUUAUGAAAUAAACAUAUCCAAUACAUAUUUUAAGAAAUCCAAUAUUAUAGAUGUUUAAUUGUGAUAAUAUGUAGGGUGGAACAACUACUUGAUCUUAAUUCAAGAUAAUCAACAAUUACUUGUAUUUACAACUAGCAAUUCACUAGUUAUAUACACAUUUGUAUAUUGUAUGCGGAUUAUAUAUGUUUACACCCUGUACAUGUAUUUGUAAAGUAUUGAAAAAAUAAUAAAAAUUCAUUCUAAAU